CAGAGGAAAAGGGAGUGCAGUGUGGGUUACGGCGAGAGACGGUGAGGAGACAAACGAAUGGAAAUAAUUAGAAUAAAGAGGGCAGCAUACAGAAACUGAACAAAAUCUGGACGUUCCUGAAAUUUGAGAACCUGUCAUCACUCUUAUCUGUCACAGCUCUCUCUUGCUUUCUGUAUCCCCAACCCUUUAUGUGCAAGUGAGUGUGUCUCCAUAAGAUUAGGUUGUGGGUGUUGUGUGUGUGUGUGGGGGUGCAUGUGUUUCAGAGAGCGUGGGCGUGUGAGUACUGGUCUGUCUAUAUGUUGUAGUGAUAGUUAAAGCAACGGGAAAGCGUGACUUAGAGACUGUGAUCAUGGGGGACGUCAGUGACCUGGACCGACAGAUUGACCAGUUGAGGAGGUGUGAACUCAUCAAGGAAAACGAGGUCAAAGCUCUGUGUGCCAAAGCCAGGGAGAUCCUAGUGGAGGAGAGCAAUGUCCAGCGAGUGGAUUCACCAGUCACGGUUUGUGGUGACAUCCACGGGCAAUUUUACGACCUGAAGGAAUUGUUCAGAGUGGGCGGUGAUGUUCCAGAGACAAAUUACCUCUUUAUGGGUGACUUUGUGGACAGAGGGUUCUACAGUGUGGAGACGUUCCUGCUGCUCCUUGCACUCAAGGUGCGUUACCCAGACAGAAUCACCCUGAUCAGAGGGAACCACGAGUCUCGUCAGAUCACUCAGGUGUACGGCUUUUACGAUGAGUGUCUGAGGAAGUACGGCUCUGUGACCGUUUGGAGAUACUGCACCGAGAUCUUCGACUACCUGUCCCUUUCAGCCAUCAUCGAUGGAAAGAUAUUCUGCGUGCAUGGUGGUCUCUCCCCCUCCAUCCAAACUCUGGACCAGAUCAGAACCAUUGACCGGAAGCAGGAGGUGCCACAUGAUGGGCCAAUGUGUGACUUGCUAUGGUCAGAUCCUGAGGACACAACGGGUUGGGGUGUGAGUCCCAGGGGGGCGGGGUACCUGUUUGGUAGUGAUGUUGUGGCCCAGUUCAACGCGGCCAAUGACAUUGACAUGAUCUGCAGAGCCCACCAGCUUGUUAUGGAAGGAUAUAAGUGGCACUUCAAUGAGACUGUACUGACAGUGUGGUCAGCCCCCAACUACUGCUAUAGGUGCGGAAAUGUAGCAGCCAUACUGGAGCUGGAUGAGCACCUUCAGAAGGAGUUCAUCAUAUUCGAAGCGGCCCCACAGGAAACGAGGGGUAUCCCCUCCAAAAAGCCAGUGGCCGACUAUUUCCUGUGAUCUGCUAUCUCGGCACGGAACGCAACUGCUAUUCAGACAAUGAGACAGCACCCUAUAUUUACUUACUCUUGCAUUGACCCCUUUCCUUUUUUCAUUACUUCUUCUUCAAAGCUUCAUUACUUCCUUUUUAACUCCUACAUCAGUUGGUGUGCCAGGUCUUCUCCUUCCUGCCCUCCUUUUCCCCACUUGUGUGUUCUCGCCUUUCUAGGUGCCUGCCGUUUUCCUCCCGCUUGCUCACAUUGUUCCUCUUUCUCUGCUGCUGUUGUGAAGUCACACUGACAGUAUUAGCCCUCUGCUUAUACUCCGUACCCUGUGCAUUUUUUUUUUUUAAGUGGAUCGUGCUGUAGAUAGAAGGAAGAUGUGGAAAGGACAUUUUUAGAGAAUUUAGAAACUGCACCCACAUUUGAGCCACAUUUAUUCAGUGGAAAGGAAGGAGCUUUCCGUUUUCAAUAUGAAUUUUUUUUUUUUUUCAUCAGUUUGCUUGUUAUCCUUACUUUUUAUCUGUGAAUUCAACUAUGGACAAUGUUCAGUCGAGUUUCUGUUUCUGUCCUGUUUUGGUUGUGACAGAAGUGCUAGCAGCCGCUGCUCUCGCACCAUCAGACUGAAGCAUCACAGAGGAGAACCUGCAGAGCUGCAGAAUACCUCUGUUUGGAAUUUUAGCAAACAGAAUAAAAAAAAAGAACGUGGGAACACACCAAACUGAUUUUUUUAUUGCUGUCCAUCUGACCAAUCUGUAGAGUUUACUGUUGAUUUUUAUUAUUGAUCUGUGAAAAUAAAACUUUUAUAC